ACUAUGACCCCAAAAGAGAUUGAGACCACGAGAAAAAAUCAAACCGAAAUAAAAAUGGCGGACAUGAAGUUUAAUGCCCUGAUUAAAGCUAUCCGUGAUCGUGAUUUGAAUAAAUGCAAAGAACUUUUGAACGUUGCCAAUGGUACUCUUGAUAAUUUGCUGUGCCAAAAAGAUUCAGACGGGGACACGGCCCUUUUGAAAGCUGUAAAACAGGGAGACGACAUAGACAUCGUUCAAAUUGUUUUAGAUAAAACAAAGGAAUGCCCUGGUGGCAUUCAUGUAACCAAUAAUAGCGGAAGAAAUGCAAUAAAUGCUGUCAUGGAUCCGGAAUAUCAUCGAGUUUAUGAACCUGAUAAAAUGGAGCUAGUAGAGAUGAUUAUUAAAUCAGGCUGUGAUUUGAACAAGCAUGACAAUGACAAUGUAACCCCUCUUUAUCGACUGGUGGACGGACAAUUUCCCUGGGUUAAAAAUGAUCCUCUGGAAACGGAAGCGUUGCUAACGAUUUGCAAGAUGAUGCUAGAUACAGGGUGCGAUGUAAAUGCUAAGUCUAAACAGACAACGGUCCUACAUCGUGCAGUAAAGACCCAAAACAUCCCAUUAAUGAAACUUUUGUUGGACUAUGGUGCAGACCCUAAAGUAUAUGAAACAACUCAAUUCGGGCCAGAUGAAGGAAUUAAAUAUGACGUUCUUCAUACGGCCGCUCAUACAUCUCCAUCCGAGCAAAUGAAGCUGAUCCUUGAAUCUGGAAGAGCCAACCUAGAUUCUAAGAACUCUUAUGGUAGAACUGGAUUGAUGAUGGUGCUGGAAGAAGAUCCAAUAGACAAUGAUAUAAAAAAUAAAAUAGAAAUACUUAUGGCGGCUGGAUGUGACCCGAGUUUGACUGAUAACAGUGGAAAGACAAUUCUCCAUAUACUUUGCGAAAACCAACGUGUUAUACACGCUCAACAUUAUGGCUAUUGUAAGGAAAAACAACUUAUCUUGGCAAACGUAGCGGAAACGUUGCUAAAAGACAAGAGAAUUAAAGCUCUUGUGAACCGUCAAGAAAGUGAGCACAAAAGCACCCCGCUUCAUAUUGCUGUAAAAAACUCCCUUGUAAAUAUUGUUCAAUUACUCCUGUCUGAAGGUGCAAGCGUAGUCAUCAAAAAUAAAUAUGGUCAGACUGUUAAUGAUAUAAAACUGGAAGGAGACGAGGCAGAUAAAAUUGGCCUUAUGCUGAAAGAUGCAAAAGAACGCAACGAUGGUGGCUUGUUUGUGGCAAUCACUAAUCUUGAAGAGAUCAGUCAACUUUUAAAAUGUUACGCCAUGUUUACCAGAAAAGAUGAGGCAUAUGACAAUUUAGCCAAACUGAGGGAAAUAAUCAAAGAAGAAGUGUACAAAAGCGAUCCAAGCAUGAAAUCUCUGAUGUCCACCGAAGAUAAGGAAAUCCUCCAAAGACACACUGCCAAGAUUUUAGAUGAUGUAGAGAUCAAGUCUUCAUCGUUAAUCGAUUAUCUAUUUAGCGAACGUGUUCUGACUCGGGAGCUAAAAGACGAAAUUUUCUCAAAACCAACUCAACUAGAGAUGGCAAGGAAACUCGUUGAUAUUCUUCCAAGAAGAGGAAAUGAUGCGUUGCAGAUUUUUAUUAGUGGCUUGCGAAAAUCUGGGCAUGGACAUCUCGCCGAUGCUCUUGAUGAAGAUCGCAAAGGUGGAGGAGUAGCAACAAACGCAGCCAAAAGGCUCAAACCAAAUGCAGAUUAAGAGGAGUGAUCUUAUACUGAAUAUGAUCCUAACAUUUCUUAACAGCACGUUAAUUUGUAAAAUGACACGUUAGGUCUACUAGUGAAAUAAGAUGGGUAUUAUCGAUAUGACGACAGGCACUGAGUUCCAUAUUGUGAUUCAUUGGAUGGACGACCCCCUUGCUUACCUUGAUACAUAUUGUGUACGAUCCGUCAGUGCCUAUCACAAUGAGAAAGUCCGGGUGGUGCGGAGGCUGGAAAUACACGGUGUCAUUCCCAAGUUGCUUGGGCACUAGGCACGUUCUGCUUUUCACAUUCGAAGGCCUUGCAUCUACAGCUAUCAAAAUUACAAGAAAAGACAAAUCAUUACAUUGAAAGACGACGAUAAUGAAAUUAUGACUGAUGCACACCGAAACACUCUGACAACGGUAAAGUCAGAUGCGGUUGUCACAAAUGGUACUGCUGCAGUAUUUCAAAAUCAAAUAGAAUUUCCCUUUCCCUAAAGAAACAUCCUAGAACACCUGGAAGGGGUGACUGGUACAUUAU